AUGUCACAAUGCUUGAAUCCGUGUUGGUGUUCAACGAUAACGAGGGAGGUAUCGAGAAAACGUUUAGGUUUUGACGCGAUCAAGGAGAAGUUUGGAAUGACUUGUGAGAUUAAAGACAGUUUUGAUCAAAACAGAAAUCCCUGCGCGAAGAUGGUUUACACAUCAGUGGUGGAGAUCAAAGAUAAGGACGGGAACCCGACCACGGUGGAUGUGGAUCACGUGAUCCACACGUCCAUCUGCUCGAAAGUGAAGGUAGAUCACAAAAUCUGGACUUUGAUCCGCUCGGACAAGUGUAUCCUAACUAUCACCAUCGGCACCAAUGACACAACGGUGGCCCAAGUUGAUUAUUCUGUAUUACCCACAGAGGAAUAA